CCUUUUCUCAACUACCGCCGUUUAACCGUAAAUACCCUACAUCAAACAAUAAAAAUAUUAAGAAACAUACGUGGAAACUGCAGACUUCGACAAUUGUCGGUAUUAAUUAAUAAAAUGUUUUGCAUAUAAUUUUGGAGUUUACAAUAUUUACUGAAAGAUAAUGGAAGAGAGUAGCUCUUUAAGUUCUAAUGCGGAAGAUAUUGUACAAGCAGAAGAUGAAAGCAUUAACAAAGAUGCCUUCAAUUCCUCUGAUGAAACUCUUAAGAACUCAGGCGCUUCUUCGCCAAAUAAUUCAGAAAAGAAUAUUCUAGAAAAUACAGAUGAAAGUUCUUGGGAAUCAGAAAAUAAGGAGAGUUUGAUUACGCAUGAAAAUGGGGAAGACGAUUUAUUAAAUGAACAAUAUCAACAAGAGUCUUCCGCAAUAUCAAAUCAAUCUCCAUCAGUACAUUAUGAAGCAAAAGCUGAAUCAAAUUAUGAUACUACAGUCAUAAAAUCAUGCACAAUUGGUACUAGGUUUGAUUCAGGAAUUCAAGCUUCUCUUCCAAUACAUAAUUAUUAUAAUCCAUAUGGAAUUAUUCAGCAAACAAUUGACCUGACUCAACCACCACCACCACCACCACCACCAUUACCACCACCAAAUUUACCUGGGGAUCCUAGAACUGCUGCUUUGAUAUCACAUCCACAAACUCAUACUGCUAUUGGUCCUUCGGCUAUGGUUAUGCAUUACCAUAGCCCUAGUAUGCAACAUCCAGCAAGUUAUCAACAUGUUGGCAAUUAUGGUUAUCCAAUUCCAAUGACUGGAGAAGCUACUCUAGAGUAUGGCAUGAAUCCCUAUGUUCCAAGAAUAACUCGAAGACCACACGUACCUUUGCUGAAGGAUUCAGUACCAGUAUCUACUGUACCACGUAUAACAGCCCAAAUGGACCAAGAAGAAGCAAGACCUGAUGUGGUCUCUCACUUAGACGACAUGUCUUGUACUGAAGAAACAUUUUCAGACAGUUCCACGACGUUAAGCAAAACAACAAUUCCGGAUGUACAUGAGGGCAAUAAAGCCGUUGGGGAGGAGGAUGAGCAUAGAGUCGAAAGUCCGAAAAUCCUGAAGCCGGUAUUGGGUAAAGCACAAGCGAAAAAGCGUUUGAUGGCAUUUGCCAAUAAAUUUGGCGUGAUUCCUAAAGUCCAGAUACAGAAAAACAAGUCCGAAGUUACCAUCAAAUCGAGCGCCAGUAACCCUGUGAAAGUCAAGACGAAACCAAAGGACACCGUGAAAUCUCUCAUUGAUGAGGUACACGAUGCCAAGCUGAAAAUAGAAUCUGCACUAGAAGCCCAACAACAUCAACCAAAUUAUAACAGAAGUAGUUCCAAAUCAAAAAGAAAGACAGAAGAAAAAAUUCUUGCCAUUGAAGAAAUUGUCAGAGAAGAAUCUAGGAAUAAAAAUCUGUCAUUUCCUACAGUAACAUCAGGUACCGAUGGAAAUGCCAAUAGAAAUAAGGAAACCAACGAAUCUGAAGAUAUCAGAGAUAUGAGUGGAAAGGAAUGGUGUAAUGAAGAGGGUCCUUCAAGGUCAUCAAGUAAAAAGUCUUCAAACAGACGACAUCGGAGUAGUAAAGAUCCAACAGGUGAUCGGUUAAGCAAGGAAUUUAGAGACAGAAGUGAAAGUAAGGAAUGGACAGAUCACAGAUCAUCUCAGGAUGGGGAACAUCGCAAGAGAAAUAAAGAUCAUAGAAAUGAUAAGCAGAAGCAUGAAUCUAUCAAGGAUAAAAAGAUGAAGGAUAAGGAUACUGACAAAGAAAGAGGAAGAGAACUAGCAAAAUGUCUUUCCUGGACUGAUGUAAAAACAAGCGCUUUCACUCUAGAUGAAAUAAUCACACUCAGAAGACAUGAUUUUAUGGGACGACCCAUGAAGAAUAGAACGCCACACGAUUAUGCCCAACAUUUAGCACAAAUGUUAAUGAUUGGAGAUUAUCGUGCUAAAAGGCAUCCUCUGGUUGCUGAUGGUAUCGAAGGACCUAAGGAAUUUCAUCCUGAAUCAGUGAGGAUCACAAAAAGGGGGAGAAGCCUACCUCUUUUCUACUGUGAGAAUCCUAGAGUAUCACUGUUAUUGAGUCGACAACAAAUUUUUCAAUCGGUUCCUUCCGAACGUCGUGAAAAAAUAAGAGAAAUAUGCGAUGCGACCAGUACUCGGAUGCUGGCAUUGGAGACAGAAAUCGUUGAAAGACAUCGAAUUUGGUAUCGUAAUUGGGACAAUACAGAUCCUUUUGGCAAAGUAAAGUCACAAUUGCUCCAUGAUGCCGAAAUAUCAAAGUCCAAAUGGGACAGUGAAGAAGAGGCUGCAAUACCUUCAUCCAGUGAGUUAGAAAAGAACCUUGAGAACAACCAGGAGGAAAGUGAAGAUCCAGUAUGCAUGGAUGAAGACAUGCAUGCUUCCAUACACUCAAAUGAAUCGACCGCUGAUUCUGGAUUAUUAUGCAGUAUUUUUCCGCCAGAACGCAUUACACGUGCUACAUCCUUAACUAGAAGUCGAAAAGAAAAUGACAAGGUAAUUACCGAGCGAUUAUCGAUAAAACCAAUGGGCGACGAAAAGCUGGCGUCCGAGUAUGAACAAUUCAUGAAAAUGGUGAGUAGCGAUACGCCAGAAUCAAGUACAUCAACUGGUAAUAAAUUCUCCAAGGAGAAUGUUGAACAUACGACAUCUCUGUCAUGUUAUGAUGAAUUUAAUAUUGAUAUAUCACGGGAACCACGGCUACAUAAGAAGAAGGAGAAUGAACAAAGCACAAGCGAAAAAGAACGAUCGAUUUCCCCACGGUCGGUUCCAAGUGAUUGGGAAAAUGUUAGGAUCAAGGUGGAAAAAAUGAGUGAUGAAAAUUCUGAGGCCAGAAGUUUGAGAAAGAAGCGCAAGCGUAAGAUCCAAAAAGUUUCAAGUAGCGAAAGUUCAUCUACGUCAAGUUCAUCGGACUACGAAGAGACAUCAAUUAAAGAGAAGUCCAGAAAACGUAAAAAAAGAAAACAAAAAGUCUCUAGGAAGGAUUCAAGCUCAGAUUCUGAUAGUAACGACAGUAGCUCAAGUGACAGUUCGAGCUCGGAUGAGGUGAGAAAGAAGAAACGUAAGAAAAGCAGUGGAAAGAAGAGACGUAGCAAGAAGACUAAAAAGACAAAGAAGAAGCGCGGUAAACGUGCAAGGUCGUCUGAGUCUAGCAGUACGUAUUCUGAAAAGAGCGAUAGAGAAAAGUACAAAAAGGAGAAAAAGAAACGGAAAAAAGAAACAGAUGAGAAAGUACGAAUUGAAGAUAACGUAGUAGAGAAUCGAAAGAGAUCUAAGCUUGGAGAAAUAUCAACAGAGGAAAGAAGAAAAGUGCUUGUGGAUGCUGCUGACUUAGAAUUCGGCCAAAUAAAGGAAGAAGGAAGUCUACACACUUUAGUACAAGAUACAGUUCUUAUAACAUGUGCUGUGCCUUGGGACAAGGACUCGAACGAGAAAUCUAAAUUGCUUAUAUCAAAGAAAAACAUGGAAGAUGAUCAAAAACAUUCUCAUGAAAGAAUUAGUAGGAAGCGUAAAGACAGCGAAGAAAGUUUCGUUGAAGAAUGGGAUAGAAAUCGAUUAAGCAAAGAGGACGACGAAGAAAGAGAUGUAGAGAAGGUAGCAGAGACUAUAGACAAGCAACCUGGACAAGAGAAUGUAAUAGAAAUCAUAAAUGACGAAAGUAAAGAAGAUAGUACAGAUGAAGGUAAAGAAAAAAAGAAAGGUAAAUCAGAAACAGAAUCUGAAACAAGGAAGAAGAAGAGAACUGAUAGAGAUAGGAGAAGUGGUACUGAUCUGGAAACCGAUUGGGAGAAAGAUAGUUCAGUAAAAUCUCGACUCUCUACACAGAAGCAAGAGAGAGCAUUAAAGAAACAAGAGAAAAGAAGAAAGAUGAACUGGGCUGAUACAGAUUUUGAUACUCUGAAUGUACCUUCCUUGACACAAUUGGAAAAGGCUGAAGAGAAUCGAGAGAUAUUAGACGACGAGUGGGAAGUAGAUAGUUUGGAUGCCAUACGCGAGGCUUCCAUUCAGAAUAGAAAAUGCAGCACAAGUAGCUCCAGUAAGAAAGUAGAAAAGGACGUGAAAUACGAUGAAAAGACAGACACUUAUAUAGCUGUAGGGAGAGAGACAGCUCGUGAUACUAGACGAAGACGGAAUCGACUCUGUGCCAUAAGAAUAUGGGAAGAAGAACAAGAAGAGGGCGAAAAGGAAGAAAUGAUGCUUAUGGAAGAAAAAUCAAAACAGAGAAGUAAUGAUUGGGACGCAGAGACACGGUCCAUUCAUGAUUGUUCUGAUCGAACUAACUCCAAGAGUAGCAUCGAUCAUAUAGAUGCUCUCGAAGGAGUCUGGUUAAAUAUACGUGAAGGUAAUAGUGAUAGAUCAUCUACGAAGAAGAGUUCCAUUGAAGGUAAAAAGGAUAAGAGAAGCCGGUGGGACGUUGAGGAACAUCUUGUGGAACGAGAAGAAAAAUCUAUUCGACCUGUAAUGUGGGAGGAAGAGGAUGAAUUUGAUAUGAUUGAACGACGUUUUAAAAAUGAUGAUUCUAUGAAAGAAUCUAAAGUUCUUAAUGAUUCUAAAAACUUCCACAAAUUUUUACAAAGUGUCGAAUCUUCUGAGAGGUCUUGGCAAGGUACACCUGGGGAUAGUUCUACUACAGAAACGUCGACCAUAGAAUUGAAGUUUAAGGAUGGUAAAGUACGAGCCUCUGUGACAGAUUCUUGGAAGGUUGAUUCACAGGAUGAAGAAAUUUCUAAAACUAUUGCAAAUGAUUUUGAAGUUAAAUCCAAAAUCCAUGAAGAUACUCAUAUUCUAUAUAGUCCUAGCUCUCCAGCACCUUCACAGAAAUCAGAGGACGUAGAUACAUCAGAUGAUAGUGCUGCAAAUCAUUCGCCAGAAGAAGAUAUAAAGCCAAAAACUAAAGAAUCAUCAACUCAUAACAUUCCAAUAUCAUUAGACGAAUUUCCGACGACUGUUGAAAAUAUGUCGGAUUUUCCUGCCGAAGAAUGGGGUAUAGAUGUUGGAAGUUGGAAGAGUCUUCCAGGUAUUUCUGCUCUUCAAGAAUGUGAUAAGACAUCUAAUGAUAGUUUUGGUACCAGUUCUUCACCUGAAAAGUCACGUCGUAUGGAUAUAUUUGCUGAAUAUGCAUCAGAACCAGAGUCUGAUGAAGAACCGUCUGAGACAGUACAUCAAGAAAAUCAGGACGAAGCACCGGUAACGCCAAAGAAAGAAGAAAGCAGCGAUGAGAAAUCACCUUUAAAAUUGAUCCCAAAACAAUUACUGAUACGCCGUUCUGUUGAUAUUAAAUCAAAACCACUGUUAGAAUUACCGGAAUCACCACACGCUACCACCGUGUCUUUCAAAAUUCAAAAGAAGAUCCUUAAGACAAGUGUUCUCGAAGAUGGCAUUGAAGAAGAAAUACUCAAGGAUACUGGAAGCGUUGAAAAAUCUGUAUCAACUCCAGAAUCUGGUUCUGAAAAACUUGACGUGAAAAUUAGUCCUACGAAAGUGUGUGGGUUACGAGUUACAUCCACUAAAUUGGACUCUAUUAUGAACCAGGAGAAGAUAGUACAAAGGGAACCGGAAAUUGAGGCAAUUAAGGAGGUACCUGAAGAGGUUCUUGAUAAAUUUGAAGACAAGAUAGAACUAGAGCCAGAAAGGACUUGCUCUAGAUCAUCGUCAGUUGAACGACGAAAGAGAAGUUCUGUAGAAAAAUUAAAGAAUGACAGUAAAAGUCAUGUCCUUGACGAAAAUGCGGGAUCUAGAAAUUUGGAAAGAUCAAGAUCGAGAGACUUGGAGAGAUCAGGGUCUAGAGACUUGGAAAGAUCAAGAUCUAGAGAUGCGGAAGGAUCAGGAUCUAGAGAUGUGGAAAGAUCGGGUUCUAGAGACUUGGAAAGAUCAGCAUCAGGAUAUAGAAGUUCGAAAUCAUCAUUUCAUACGGAAACUCGUAGACGAUUUAGUCCCACUGAUGGACAUGGAAAGAGAACAGGGAGAAAGAGCAGGAGUCCGUCUGGUAAAUGGGAGAGCGAAAAAAGCAGGAGUAAAAGUAACAGUCGUAGCUGGAGUAGAAGUCGUAGUAAGAGUCCAGGAAGAUGGAGAGAUGAUCCUCCAGGUCCUAUUCGUGAUAGAGAACGUAAAUCGUAUAGAGCUGAUGAGGAGCGUCCUGGGAAGUCAAAAUAUUUUGACGACAGAAAAGAGAGGUCUACGCGAAGUCCUGGAAGACAUUGUCCUCCGUCAUUUAGCAGAGAUGGUCCCAGGAAACGACCGCCUAGCAGCAGAAAUGAUCGUGAUCGGGCAAGAAGAAGGUUCAAUGAUAGUAUUGAAAGAGAUCGUGAUAAGGAUAGAAGAUCUUAUGAGCCUCCUAUUUUACCAAGGGAUAGAAGCUUAGAGUCUGAUAGAUAUACUGGAGCUAGGUAUCGCGAAGAUGACGAUGGGGACAAAGGACGGUGGAGAUAUGAGGAUGAUAAUAUUCUUCCUGAUAUUGAUGAGCAAUUUAUUGAUGGUCAAAGAUUAGACGUCGAAUAUGAUGACAGAAGAUCAUUGAGAGAUGAAAGCUUAGAAAGGGAUAUAAUGGAAGGACCCAUUAGACCAGACACUUUUGCAAGAUAUAGACGAAGAAGUCGAGAUAGAAUUGAUGACAGAAGAGAAAGAGAAAGAGAACGAGAAAGAGAAUGGGAAAAGGAUAGAUGCACACCAGAAUCAGAGAGACAAGGACAAUCCUCCAGAAGAAGUAAACCACCAUUUAGAUCACGAUCAAAAUCAUCGCCAAGACCAAGACGAUCACCAACAAGAGCAUCUCCAGAUCGUUACAGAUUUGAAUCAAGGUCUCGUUCGAGAUCAUGGUCGCGAUCGAGGUCUAGGUCCAGAUCCAGAUCACGAACUAGAUCUAGGUCAAGAUCAAGGUCACGUCUAAGGAGUCCUGAUCGUUCUAAAAGAUCCGUGGACAGACUUCGUCGCUCUAGAUCGGUAUCGCCAAGGGACAGGAGUAGUAACAGUGAAAGAAUAAAGGACGCUGAAAGUGAGAAUCCUGUCGAAAGAGGAAGACGCAUUGAAACUAUCGUUCAGGCGUUACCUGGACCACGAAGAAUACCUGGGGACUCAGCCGGCUUGGAUACUGAUAUGCUGGGCAAUGAUGCCUGUGUCAAUUCUUCGAAUUUCCGAUAUGUCACUGAAGGCGACGGAGGAAAUGAAUAUUACUAUUAUUCCGAAAGUAAUCUUACUUAUCCACCUCGUAUAGAUGAAAUGACAAAUUCGCCGAAACGUCUAUCACUAGACGAUAGACUUGAACUAGAGCUGGGAAUCAAGAAACACAAUCAGGAACCGGAAUCAGGUGCUGGAUAUCACGCCUCAUUAUUUCCUGGUGACAUCGGUCCGUAUUUGUCACCCAGUCAAGGGCAUGGAACGCCCUUACCUUCUAUGCAACAUCAGCAACCAAUAUAUCAUAGACAACAGCCAACAGUACUUCAGGUUGGUAAUGUCUUACAAGUGGUACCUGCAGAAUUUACGAGUACACCGACUACCACUCAACAAAGUGAACCGUCUUCUAGUAUUCCCACUAAUCGUAGCUCUAGCCAUGUUGUUCGUGUAGGUAAUGUUCUGCAAGUAGUGCCUACGACGAAUCUUGAUUGGAGUGGUUCAUCUUCGACAGAUCCUCAAAUUCUUCAUUAUCCUACAGGAAUGGCAAUUCCCUCGACGACGACAACCCCAGUUCCAAUUCCCGUUCCUGUACCAGUUACGAUUUCCAAUGCAGUGCCUAGCACUGCUACAAUCUCUACCGUAUCUCCAAUAGCUCCUGUGGGGCUGUCGUUGCCUGUACCUAUUCCAGUUCCUGUCCCGGUUCCUGUACCUGUUCCUGUCUCACCAUAUUCUAGAACUGAUCCGCUACCACGAGUGCAAAUCACAGAGGUACCAGCUCAUCCUGUUUACAAUUACGAUGUGAUAAUGGAAGUCCGCAGAAAGGAAAGAGAAGAGCGAAAGCGUCUACGAGAUGAAAGGAGAAAAGAAAAAGAAAGGAAAAGAAUUGAGAAAGUGAGAAGGAGAGCUGAGCGUAUGUUGAAGAAGAGUUUUGGCAAUAUUCAACCUAAUGUAACGACUGAGUUGAGCCAGCCACAAAGUGCAACAUCUAUUGAUACUGAGCAGUCUAUCGAGGAUGGUCACAAUAUAGUAGAAAAAGUUGGAGAAGAGGGAGGUGAUAAUGAACCUGAAGCAGAAAUGCCGGAAGUAGACGGCGUCAAAGCUACUGCAGAAGAAGCGGAAGAUGUUGAAACGGAAGCCAAUUCUGAGGAACAAAUUCAAACGCAGGGACCAGAACAGGAAGAUGAGGAGGAAGAACUGGAGGAAGAUGAUGAGGAGGAAGAAGAGGAAGAAGAAGAGGAUGAAGAGGAAGAAGAAGAGGAAGCUGAGGACGAAACUGAAGCGGACGAAGAAAAACGAGAAGCUGAUGAUACUGAAAAAGCAAGAAACGAAUUGAUUUCUCUAUUUUCUGACAAUACUCCAGAGGAAGAAACUUCUGACGCUCCUAAAGCAGAUAUUAAAAAGCAAACUGACGAGAUCAAUGAAGACCAUGAAACAGAAAUUAAAGAUUGGCUAUUGUUACCUCCAACACCUCUUAAAGGAAUUCUAAUUUCUCCUGGAUUUGGUAAAGAGAUUAUAUCUAACGGAGAUGAUGACGAUAUAUCUGACAUGGAGAAUGAGCGAGAUAAUGACAAUGACAACGUUGUUAUAGAGAAACUUCAGGAGUUAAAAGACAAGUUCUCUGAAGAGGACCACUUUAAAGAUGAUAAACGAAUAGUCCAAUUUAAAACAUCUUCGAGUAGACCACGACCCAGAUUAAGAAAGAGAAGAAGAAGUAGAAAAUCUGUGCAAUUCGCUGAUGGCGUACGACCCGGAGAAGGUACUAGUCCUAGUGGUGGCGAGGGUGACAUGCCAUCACCGCCACCACCAACCGCAUCUACGAAAGAUUCAAGCAAUACAGAUCCUUUAAGGAGACUUAGAAUCAGUAGAAAGAGUAGAAAGAAGCAAAAACGCGUAAAACCACCUAAAACAAAGAAAAAAGUUAAGGUAAAGAUCAUCAAAUUGAAAAAGCCUAGAAUAACUCCAUUAACAGCAAUGAUGCUGGAUGAUUCUGAUGACAUGGAUGAUCGCUCACCACCACCACCACCUCCAGGAUCUCCACCACCUCCGCAUCUCUGGCCAAGUUAUUUGGCAGCCUAUAAUGCAACUCUUCGUGCACUGGAAUCACAAUCGCUGCCUACAAAUACAACACAAUCGAUAUCAGCGACACAAGCAACUCCACCCCCAACACCUUUACCCCUUCUCAUACCACCCCCUCCUCUUAAUUACACAAUACAGCCAAUUAACAAAGCCUAGCACUCUUUCAUGCAGACAGUUAAAUACGUAAAUUUAGAUAUGUGAAAUGUGUAACUCCAAUUGUCGAUUUAUUUGAAACAUUGGGCAUCGGCAGAUUCUUAUUGUAUGACUGUACCUAGUGUUGUACAUCGAUUUGCUUUCCCUUUUCUCUUCCACUCUUGUACAUAGUGGCUCGUGUUAUGUAAUAAUUGUUCAAUUCUCACGAGCAUUAUAAUGUAUAAUCUAUCUAGCAAAUAUUACUAUCGGUUCUUUGUAAUAUUUACGAAAAUAAUUUCUUCAUAUCCCCUUACAAUAUCCUCUGUUAUUUUAAAGUGUUGAAAAUACCUAUUAUUUUUAAAAGUUAAGAUAUUCAUUUUCAUAUUAUUGUUAAUUCUUCUGUUUACUAAAUGUACUCCAACAAGCAAUAAUAUCAUGGUACUUUUAGUAUAGUA